AUCUGCCAUCGCUUUCAGUUGUCGGGUAUUUGUAAGCAAAAACAGUUAUUGUUUAUCGGCAUUUCGGUGUGUGUUGGAUACUAAAUUUUUACAUUUCUCUAUUAGUAUCACUGCUAAUUUAAUAAAAAGUAAAUGACUUUAAAUAGGAAAAUAAGUACAAAUGUAAAUUAAGUGUGUGACCCGUGGAAGAUUUUCGUGGCAGCUAUAUUGCACAUAUCAGUUAUACCACAACAAGUAGACCUUGAGAAGAGCGAGUGAAUGUAGUAUUUCUAUGUGUGUGUCUAUUGGCUAAGACACCUUCAUACAACAAAGCUUUCCUCUAUUAGUUCCGCUUAAAAGUAAAUCCAGCAAUGACUACUACAUGGAGCGUUCUGGCGAAAUUAAUUGCCCUUGUUUUAGCAUUAAUCGGUCUUGCUGUGCUAACAUCUGGUAAAGUCUUACCUUCCCCAGUUUCAGCCCCAUCGGAAUCACCCAAAAUUGGUCUCUAUGAAAUCGAUGGAAAGGUGACAAUACUCACAGUGAAUAAUUUCAACGAUACAUUACUACGACAAAAUCGUUCCAUGCUUGUGGAGUUUUACAAUACAUUCUGCGGCCACUGUCAACGCUACGCACCACAUUACAAAGCUCUGGCCGAGCGUUUGUAUCCAUGGCGUGAGAUACUACUUGUAGCAGCUAUCGAUUGUAAUGCAUUUGAAAAUACUGGAAUAUGUCGUGAUUACGAAAUAUUUGCAUAUCCAACGGUACGUUACUUUUCACCCGAUUAUGUGUGCAAAGAAGGAAAUUGGGGACAAAAUAUCAACCCACAUGUUGAAUUAAAUGAAUUAACAGCAAAUCUGUCACAACGUUUAGCCGCGGAAAACAAUACCGACAAAAUACCAAACUAUCCAAAUCUGAAUAGUCUAACAGAAAAUGAAGCCAAAACACUUAAUAAAGUUUUUACUACAGAUAGUAAUAAAAAAUUUGUGAUAUUAGUUUAUGAGCCGGAGAAUUCCACAGUGGGUUUGGAAAGUAUACUGCAUUUCCACUUAUGGUCCGAUGUGCAAGUGCGUCGUAUUAACGACAUAAAUUUGGCUAAUACAUUCCAAAUAGAUGGUGGAAAACACAAAAUUGCAACUGUUGAUCCCCAAGGAAACGUUGUGCCAUAUGGUGUGACCGAAGACACUCCCCAAGCAUAUACGUCAACAAUUGAAAGUUUGCUCACUGCGCAGGGAUUUACACCGCGCACAGUAAAAGGCGUAAAAUCAGCUGUUGCAGAGGCUGAAAGUGCCAACAAUGAAAGUGAACACGCCGCUACUAUUUCAGAAGUACUAAACAACAAACAUUUAGUGUAUCAGGCUGAUCUGGAAAUGGCCAUUCGUCAAAUUCUGCUCAAUGAAGUACCGAAAGUCCACGAAAUAAACGGUGAACAGUUAUUGGCACUACAACGCGUGUUGGGCGUACUGCAACGCUACCAUCCACUUGGUCCAGAAGGCAAGACGGUCAUUCAGCGUCUAUAUGAAUAUGUCUUAAAUAGAAAUGAAACCAUCAACGGCGCCGCAUUCCAAGCAGAAUUUGAUACUUUAAAUCAGACUCAUGGACCAAUUUUCUCGUCGAAUCAUUUUGUUGGCUGUGUCACAUCGGAGCACAAUAAACGUGGCUACACUUGCUCACUGUGGACCCUAUUCCAUUAUCUAACAGUACAAGCUGCGCGUUUGGAAGUCAGCAAUGAUCCGUUGGAGGUGUUAACGGCCAUACAUGGUUAUGUGAAAUACUUUUUCGGCUGCACACAUUGCUCCGAACACUUUCAGGCCAUGGCAUCACGUCGAAAAAUCUGGAAUGUACCCAACAAAGACGAGGCCGUACUAUGGCUAUGGGCCGCACACAACGAAGUAAACGAGCGCUUGGCAGGCGAUGAAACUGAAGAUCCUAAAUUUCCGAAAAUACAAUUUCCCAGCGUGUCAAGUUGUCCGCAGUGCCAUAAGGAGCAGCCGAGCGCAUCCUCUAAUAUAGCCACAAUCGAUUGGGACAAAGAUGCUGUGCUGAGUUUCCUUAAGAACAUACACAAUCCCGGCUAUAUUAGCCGAUACGGCGUGGACAAUGAUGCUGUACUGCAUCUAUCCUUGGAUAAGCUGCGUCAGAAACGUAUGAUUGGUGGCCUUUUCUCCGAAACGGAUGCGCGUUUAACCAUUUUGUUGUAUGGAUGCUGCAUACUUAUAAUGGGUUUGGCCGUAAGACUGGUCCAAAUGAAGAAACAUCGUAAAAAGCCAAACUGUGAAGUGCUGGGGAAGGCGUAAAGCAAGGAUAAAAGUGGACCAUAUUGAAAACUUUUAAUACAAAAAAUUGUUUAAUUCGGAAAUCAAAGUGCAAUACUCAAUCAAAUGAAUGUGUAGUGUUGUUGCGGUGUGUGCCAAGUGUUUUCCAUACGAUGAAAAGUCAAUUUUUCGCUCUUUGCUGAAAAAAAAAGACAAACCACUCUUUUGAAAAGCGAUUCCAUUUUUAGUCUAAUUUUUAUUAUGUAAAAUAUAUGUAUGUCUAUAUUAAAGUAUGUGCUUGUAUAAAACAUGUAGAAUGUGAGGACUUGACUUUGGUAUUUGAAAGAAAGAAAUACACAAAUACAAACACCUACACUUAAAUCGAUUC